UCCCGCGCCGCGCAUGCUCCAUGCGGGCGUGAGCCGGUCAUGCAGUGGGCGCGCGGGCUGCAGCUGCUGCGCGCGGGGCGGGUUCGGGGCCCGGGGCCGGGCGCGGGCCGGGCAGCGUCGGGGGCGCGCGGGCCCGGCUGGCUGCAGCCCGCGGGCCACGACACGGGCGUCACGGUGUACAACAGCCUGAGCCGCAGCAAGGAGCGCCUGGUCGUGGGCAGCGCGGACGCCGCCUCUUGGUACAGCUGUGGACCCACGGUCUACGACCAUGCGCACCUCGGCCACGCCUGCUCCUACGUGCGCUUUGACCUCAUCCGGAGGGUCCUGACCCGGGUGUUCGGCUGCAAUGUCGUCAUGGUGAUGGGCAUCACGGACGUGGACGAUAAGAUCAUCCGGAGAGCCCGGGAGAUGAACGUGUCCCCCGCCUCCCUUGCCGGCCUAUACGAGGAGGAUUUCAAGCAGGACAUGGCAGCACUGAAGGUGCUCCCGCCCACUCUGUACCUGCGGGUCACCGAGCACAUCCCCGAGAUCGUCGCCUUCAUAGCGGCCAUCGUGGCCAAGGGGCACGCGUAUCCCACAGCGGAAGGCAACGUGUACUUCGACGUGCAGUCCAGGGCGCAGCGGUAUGGCAAGCUGGGCGCUGGCCGCCCCACCACGGACGGGGAGCCAGGGGGCUCGGACAAGCGGCACGCCAGCGACUUCGCCCUGUGGAAGGCGGCCAAGGCCGGGGAGGUGCACUGGGCGUCCCCGUGGGGGCCCGGGAGGCCCGGCUGGCACAUCGAGUGCUCCACCCUCUGCAGCCUGGUGUUCGGGAGCCACCUGGACAUCCACUCGGGGGGCAGCGACCUGGCCUUCCCGCACCACGAGAACGAGAUCGCGCAGUGCGAGGUCUACCACGGGUGCCAGCAGUGGGGGAACUACUUCCUGCACUCCGGACAUUUGCACGUGAAAGGCCAGGAAGAGAAGAUGUCCAAGUCCCUGAAAAACUACAUCACCAUUAAGGACUUCCUGAAAACCUGCUCGCCGGACGUCUUCAGGCUCUUCUGCAUGCGGACCAGCUACCGGGCAGCCGUGGACUACAGUGACGCUGCCGUGUUGGAAGCGCAGCGCCUCCUGCUGGCCGUGACCGCCUUCCUGGAAGACUCCCGGGCCUACAUGCGGGGACAGCUGGUGUGCGGGCCAGUCCAGGAGGCAGAGCUCUGGGGCAGCCUCAGCUGCACCAGAGAGGCUGUGAGGGCAGCCCUGGCUGACGACUUCAACAUACCCGGGGCGUUGGGCACUGUCAUGGAGCUGGUCCGCCACGGAAACCGGCAGCUGCAGGCCCGUGCCAAGGAGCCCGGAGGCCCCAGAAGCGCGGCCGUGUUCGGCUCCAUUGUGUCCUUUGUGGAGGACUUCUUCGAGAUGCUGGGAGUGUCCCUAGCUGCAGGGCAGCGUGUAGUGGGGGACAGCAGUGCGGCCCCCCUGCACGGUGUGCUGCAGGAGCUGGUCCGCUUCCGGGGCCACGUCCGCCAGGUCGCCCUGGGUCCUGGGCUGGCCCCCGGGGAUGCCCCGCGACAACAGCUGCUGGAGGCCUGCGAUGCCCUGCGCCAGGGCCUGGCCACCCACGGCGUCCACAUCAAGGACCGGAGCAGCACCUCCACCUGGGAGCUACGGGAGCAGAGGGGCCCUGCAGGGCAGCCCAGGCCGUGUGGGGCCAAGGCCCGCUGACCUGCCGAUUAAAGUGUCCGUGUG